AUGGAUGAGAAAAGCAAAAUCCAAGCAGAGAAGCACCUCACAGGAACACUGGUUCUCUCUGUCUUCACCGCGGUGUUGGGCUUCUUCCAGUACGGCUACAGCCUGGGUGUCAUUAACGCCCCCCAGAAGGUUAUAGAAGCCCACUACAGCCGUGUGCUGGGCAUUGCUCCCCUCGAAAGACAUGCCACCAAUGCCUCUGGGGAGGACAGCACUGUCCCUAGCACGCAGCCCUGGGCUGGCACCAAGGGCACACUCGCACCUGUGGCUGACACCAGUGAGGACCUCACCACCUCCUCACACAUCCUCACCAUGUACUGGUCCCUCUCCGUCUCCAUGUUUGCCAUCGGCGGCAUGAUCUCCUCGUUCACUGUGGGGUGGAUCGGUGACCGGCUGGGGAGGGUGAAAGCCAUGCUGGUGGUGAAUGUCCUCUCCAUUGCUGGGAACCUCCUCAUGGGGCUGGCGAAAUUUGGGCCGUCUCACUUACUCAUCAUCACCGGGAGAGCAGUCACAGGGCUGUACUGCGGGCUCUCCUCUGGACUUGUGCCCAUGUAUGUCAGCGAGGUCUCUCCCACGGCCCUCCGAGGAGCACUGGGGACGCUGCACCAGCUUGCUAUCGUCACGGGUAUCCUCAUCAGCCAGGUCCUUGGACUAGACUUUCUCCUGGGCAAUGAUGAGCUGUGGCCCCUGCUCCUCAGUCUGUCUGGUGUGGCUGCCCUCCUGCAGUUCUUCUUGCUCUUACUGUGCCCUGAGAGUCCCCGUUACCUUUACAUCAAACUGGGGAAGGUGGAGGAAGCUAAAAAAAAUUUGAAAAGACUCAGAGGAAAUUGUGACCCGAUGAAAGAGAUUGCUGAGAUGGAAAAGGAAAAGCAAGAAGCUGCUAGUGAAAAGAAAGUCUCAAUAAGACAGCUUUUCACCUCUUCAAAGUACAAGCAGGCUGUUAUUGUGGCACUGAUGGUGCAAAUAUCUCAGCAGUUCUCAGGAAUCAAUGCAAUCUUUUACUACUCUACAAACAUUUUCGAGAGAGCUGGAGUUGACCAACCAGUUUAUGCAACCAUUGGUGUUGGAGUGGUGAACACAGUCUUCACUGUUAUCUCUGUCUUUUUGGUGGAGAAGGCAGGCAGGCGAUCCCUGUUCCUGGCUGGUUUGAUGGGCAUGUUAUUAAGUGCUGUGGCCAUGACAGUUGGACUUGUGCUCCUGAGCCAGUUUGCUUGGAUGAGCUAUGUCAGCAUGGUCGCGAUCUUCCUCUUCGUCAUCUUCUUUGAAGUUGGGCCUGGCCCCAUCCCUUGGUUUAUUGUGGCUGAACUGUUCAGCCAAGGCCCACGCCCCGCUGCCAUUGCCGUCGCCGGCUUCUGCAACUGGGCCUGCAACUUCAUUGUGGGAAUGUGUUUCCAGUACAUAGCGGAUCUGUGUGGACCAUACGUGUUUGUGAUCUUCGCGGCUCUGCUUCUAGUCUUCUUUCUGUUUGCAUACUUCAAAGUACCGGAGACAAAAGGAAAGUCUUUUGAGGAGAUUGCAGCCGUGUUCCGCCGCAAGAAGCUCAUGGCCAAAACGAUGACUGAGCUGGAAGACCUGCGACGCAGUGAAGAGGCAUAG